GACUUUCUCCCAGUAGCGAUAAGAGUGUAGUAGAGAUGUUUGACCCGACCAAGGGUGCGGCCGGUGCGACCACCGCCGAGCGGCCGAAACCGACCCAAACCGACCACCAGGUGGACAGUGCGAUGGAUAAGCAUCUCAAGAACCUCAAUCUCGACAGUCUGAUACAGACGGACAUAGUAGAGUACAUGGAGAAUCUGAAGGAGCAGCACUACGAACGGGAACAGACCGGGCUGCCGACCACCGGCAGCCUGGCGCCGUCCCAGCCCGGCAGCGUUACGCCGGCCGUCGGUGCCUCCCCACUGCCGACACGGGCACGGUCGCCGGCGACCCCACACGACACUACCCACACCACCACACACCAGACGCAACCGACUGCGACCGCCUCCCAUCCAACGUCCCCUCCCCAGAUCGCUUACUCCUCCACCACUCCCAAAGCCCAAGCUGAAGAGCCGAACCAGUGCUUGAAAUCGUCCACCGAUUCCAGUGACUCCGCCGUGGCGCCACCGCCCGAGAUGUCGUCCAGUUCCGGUUCGGGCAAGAGCGAUGACAGCUGCUCGGAGCGGACGGGCGAGAAAGCGUCCGGCAAGGAGCGGCUCAGCUCGUCCGAGGGUGACGGGGGCUCACAGGGCGACCAGCGCUACCACACGCUCAGCGCAUCGUCGGCCAACUCGUCGCCCGACGGUACGCUCAGCCCGAAGCCGGAGAAGACAAAGUCACCGAAGCGCAUGAAGUCGGUCGAGCGUGAAAAGAGCCCGAUUCGCAUCAUCAAGAUCAAGUCGCCGCGGAACAGCAUCGACAUCGAGCGGCACGUGCGCAUCGAGAAGAGCCCCGACCGGGCCCGGCGUGCAUCGAGCCCGAGUGCGGCUGCUGGUGCUGGUGCGACUGCUACAACCUCCAACAAAAAGCCCCCCGAAGGUGGCAUUCUGAAGAAGAAGCAACCGAACGGAGGCGGUGUCGUGGGAGGCAUUCUGAAGCGCUCCGUGAGCCCCUCCGUCGGGAGCAAACCGUCCGAAAGUUCGGACAGCACGGCGUCCAAAACGGACGCCAAUCUGUCGUCCGACUACGAGCAGUAUCAAACGGCCACGGGCAAUCGGUGCUAUCUAUCGCUGUCGAGCGAGUAUCUUGGCGUGGAGAAGGACUACCCACAUAUCUACCAGAAUGCGACGCGCGACGAGAAGGUACGACGGGCGAAGCGGAGCGCCUCGGUCGGUAGCACCGAACGGAUGCGCUCGGUCGAAGGGUACGAGUCAUCGUGUGGCUACUCCCCGAACACCAGCUUCGAUGCGUCCUCGGUCGAGGGCAGCAAAAAGCGAUACAGCAUCUCGUCCGAGCGGUCCACCGGGGAGUACCGCAAGCAGGGCUCGUACAGCCGCUCCAGCUCCCCUCUCAACGUGUACAGUCGCGAUGUGUCCCCGAACCGUUGCUACGCGCGUGGUCUUUCCCCACAAACUUCCCUGACGCGCGGUCUAUCCCUUUCGCCCCAGUCCUCGUUCAAAGGCAUCUCGCCGCAGAGUUCGUUCAGUCGUGGUCCCUCCCCGCAGCGCGGUUACAACAGUCGUGGCCCUUCGCCGCAACGCUCCUCCGGACACGCCAGCCGCGGUGCUUCUCCGAUGCGUGUCGGUGGUGCGUACUACCGCGGUAGUACCUCCCCCCACAGCUACGGAAGAGGUUUAUCCCCGCAGCAAAGCUACAGUAGCCGUGGGCCGUCCCCAACUCGCAACAACUACCCGCGGGGGCUAUCCCCACAACGGCGCGGUAGUCGCCACUACUCACCCCCGAAAGAGCACCACUCCUCGCGUGGCCCAGUGUCGCCGCAGCGCUUCUACAGCCGGGUACCGUCGCCCGAGCGGCACUACGAGCGAGCCCGUGGCCCACUGCCCCUUCCGAAGAGCCACAGCCGCGGUGCAUCGCCCCAGCGCACGUACCGCCUUACCUCGUCCCGGUCGAUCGACAGCUCCUCGUUUCUGGAUUACGAUCAAAAUCCGAACCUGCACUACGCCCGCAUCGAGCACGAUCGGCGCGCCUACCAGCAGCAGCACCAGCAGCAGCUCCAGCAGCAACACCAGCACCAUCUGCAGCAGCAGCAACAGCAAUACGCUUCCCAGUCGACGCACGCUUCUUGUAUGGAGUGCAUCAUGCAGGACAACAUGAAGCCUCCAUAGCAAAAAGCCCGCGCACGGCAGAGCCGUGCGCGGAAGAAGUCGUCCCGGGCCCGACUAUACCAUCAGGCCAGCUUCGACAAGUCGCCGUCGUUCGAUCACGACGAGAUACACGUUUAAGCUUGCAUCCGUUUUAUUUUACGUUCGAUUUUGCUUUCAAACAAACACACUGCACGAACUGUAUGAGUCUGCAAGAGAGUAUGAUGGCUCUUCCCAACAUACCAGACACAACCAAAAGAAAUAUAGACCCGGAAUACUACAAUGCACAGCAACAGCUGGUUUUCCACCACACAUCCAAGCAUAAUCGUAUCCCUUUCCUCCGUCAGAUGGCUUUGUAGCAGUAAAAUCAAAACUAAACUUAAUCAAAAAUAGUAAAUCAAACCGCACAAAUAAGUGAGGAAGAGAAAGAGAACAGUACAGCAGCGCUCCGGCGCGCCACCUAGCGUCAAAUCAAACAACUACAGAUUGAAGAUAGUUAGUGUACGCGCAGUAAGCCCAAUAUAAUAUACUCAUCCUACAACCGUGCGGACAAAAGAAGACAGGUGUUGAACAAGGUGCUAAUGUCCGUACGGUGUCAUCAACACGACACCUAGACAGCUUGGUGUGUAAACAACUUAUAAUCAAAGCAGUAGUUCACCCCAAACUGCUGUCGCAACGAAAUCAAAUCAUCCCCUACUUCACCACCACAACAUCGCAAAAGACCUGCUGGAACGUCACUGGUAUCGGUGUCAUUUCAACGCGCCUAUCACGCUUCAGUGUUUGGGUUCGGUACACGAUACGGUUUGUUUUGUUUGGGGACACAACCUGAUCCGAGGACCGGAGCGGAAGCAUCGAGUCAUUCAAAUUUGUUUCAAAAGUGACACUAAUUUCGACACUACCGUACCAGCGCCGUGCCGUUUCAACCUGGGCAGAGGGUUGACCCUUUCCAAGGGUUGUGUGGACUAGUCACUAGUUAGGGUUGCGAAGCUAGAUCUCCCCCGUCGAUUGGGUUAAAUAUUCAAAUUUGCAACAAGUAAACCAGCGCCGCGCGUACUAGCGUGACGGUGGACAAUCUGGUUUUGCCUCCUUCCUACCUCCAUCCCUCGCACUAAACUAACGUCUCAGGCACCGGGCACAACAUUCACGGUACACGCCCAAGCCCCGUCCUGCACUAUGCAAGACCUCAUCUCCCCUCCUUCGGUGCGGGUAAUAUGGUUGCGAAAUUGAAUUACCGGCAAAACCGCACAGUUUGCCCUUCAGCCAGAGCUGCUUGCUUCCGAAGCGUGGAUGGUGGUGACGUGAGAAAAUUGAAUGACCACGGAAACGAAACUUUGCAACCCGCUCCCAUCCCCACCCCGUAACUGGUUCAGGAAUUCAAUUACGAAACUGCAACGCAAACCGCAGUCGCCCCAAUCGACCGACGUGUCAACGUGGAUUGGCUCUUGGCUUCUGCUCGCCUCGGUGUGGCCCCAUUCAUUUCCCUACCCUAGCUAUCCCUUUUCUUGUACCUUGUCCACAAACACUCGGGACGACCCUCACAACACUAAACUGUUCGGUUCGAGAUGAUCCAGUAGGGGGUUUUUAAUGUGUUCCCAUAUAUACCGAACCAAACAAACACACACAAGGACGCAUAGGUGAAGGUAGUAGCAUUGCUACAGGUUACACAUCAAACAGCUAUACGUAUACCCCGUACAACAAAAAUAUUCAAACAAUAUCUCUAUGCAUAUAUUACACACUAUAUAAUCGCAACAACAACAGCCAAACAACAACCAAAAUAAAUACAAUGGCGCAGCCCGUGUUAAUCAAACAAGAAAAGCAAAACAACAACCGAAUAUACUAAUAAUAAUCCAGUACUACACAGCUACAUACACAGCACCCAUAUAUACCCAUUUAUACACAUAUAAAGCAAUUAUACACCAAACAUCCUUACCGUAGCGGGACAGUUCCCUAACUUUCUACUGAGAUGGAUUAGAGCAAUAGUGGUAUGGUACCCGUACCCCGUACCGCGUGUCUGUUAGAGCCAAACUGUUAGCAAAAACAAAAACAAUAUUCGUACUAAUAUAUACAUACAUACAUACCAUAUAUACCAAAGUAACAAUUGUAAUACAGGUGAGUUUAUACAACAAACAACAGAUAGUCAAAGCGACGACGCGUACGCGACGCAACUAUAGCCCCCCUCCAACUAGCAUGUUAACGUAGCGAAGCGAAACUCGUAGCCCUUCGAGCAGAUAGAACUACCAACUACAAGAAAAAAAAAACCUACAACAAUAAUAAUAGUAAGUGCAGUUGUGUUGCACCAGAAGCAAAUAGAGCAAAUACAGCCCUUCCCCGUUUUCAACGACGAACCGUUCAAGUAAGCGAAAGGGAAUUGAAUUGCACACGCCACACGCAAGUUACCUCUCGUUUUGCUGAAGCGAGCUGAGGUGAGAUGACAAUUCAGCUACUACCUACUACCCAUUUUUCAGUUCCACACACACAUACACACACAAGGUACACGGCCCACGGGGUUCCUAAGUUUCCGCCCGUUGCGGGACCGAGUUGAUCGAGCUCGAUCGAUGGAACAGGGUGCAGCGGACAGAAACCAAAGCAACAAACCGCUACCAACGCUACUCUGACGGUGUGCAGUGUGCAUACACAUACACAUUAUAUUAACCAGCAAUGGGGAGCGGGAAAAAUGUUGUGAUUUUGUGCCAAUUAUCUUGUAAGACCUUUCCGAUUUCGGAUUGAUUACCGGUAUUUAAUAUGAUAAAAAAAGCGUAAAGAAAGAAGCGUAACACGAUUUUAACACUAGCGAAAAGGUACGACUUAGUUUAGACGAAUUUUUCCACUCCUCACCAGAUGUGGCGCGGCAGUUUUCGUUAGCAGAACGUUAGUAAAAAAAAAAAAAGCGAGCGCCAACCUAACCGCGUUUACAGCGAGUCGAGUCGAGUAGACGUAACGGACGCGCGAACCCGCACGGUAGGGAAUCGGAUGGUUGUAGCAAAGGAUUUGCCAAAUGUAACACUUUAUCGACAAUCGGGUGGGUUGAGAAUGCACGACAGUAUCGUCUUAAUGUGCUUUUGCGUUGUUCGUUGUUGUUCGACUGUUCAAGUGCCACAGAAGCGUAAGCUCGACAAAGCGUUACGGCUGUUACCUUCGGUUGUGGUAACGCACUGCGCUUGACACGUAACAUGUGUUUUUAUUAUUACAAAAGUGUUUGUGUUUUCGGUUCGUGCCCAAGUGUAUUAAGUACAUCUCUUCCAUCCAUUCCGCUACGUUCGAGGUUUUGUUUUUAACGUCUAAUUCUAUCUCUAUUUAAGGCGUAAGAGGCACAGGAUACAGUGGUAAGGAUCGAUCGGUAACGUUUAAAUGAUAGUAUACAUAGGUAAGAGCAGCGAAUCAACGUUUUAUAACAACAAGAACAAAAACAACAUUUAACCUUUUUACAAGCAUUAAGAAUUUGUAGCGUAAUUUAUAGAUAGAGACACAUUCCGGUUCGUUCGUUCAAUACAUUUUAAUUACACGAUUUUGAACGAGGAAAAGAAAAGUAAGAAAAUCGAUUCUUCGAUCAGCUUCCUUAUGCACAACCGCUAUCGCCAUGCCACAAGAAACGGCGAUUGUCAGCGACAUUUUACUCCAAAAAUCAAAACCAAAAACCAAAAAGUAAAGCAACCCAAUUCAGCACUGAUCUUGUAACUUUCAACUCAAAUGCUAUAACUGUAUAUUGCACUGUUUAACGGAUUAUGAAAAACAAAACAAAAAGUCGAAAAAAAGCAGCAGCAAAGAACUCUUUAAAACAAUUCAACUAAUCUCACGAGGAAUUCUAUUUUUCUACAAUGCAUCUUUUUAUCGCUUGCACGGUUUAGGAGAGGAGACGCGGACUAGAUAGAGCCGGUAGGAGAGGAAAGCUAGCUAGAGAUUUAAUCGAAUGGAACUAUUACCCUUUAGCAUUUGUUACGAUUUCGAUGUGUUGGUGGCAUGAAUGGACGCCGCCACAGCGGCAGACACUAGAUCAGCUCACUAGGUGGAGAGGAAAGCGGGAUUUAGUUAGAACAACGAGAGAUUUUUCAUAUUAUGCUGUUACACUGUUUUCUGCGCCUUUUUGGUCAACUAUUACUGCACGCUGCAACUAUUCACUAGGUCACGGCGAAUGCGUUGUUUAGCGAAUUUCUCCUUUCCCUCGGCAGCAGCAGGAGAUGAGAUACGGAUGUGAGUCUUUUAACGGUAGAGUAAGCAUGUACGAGGUGACGCCAUUUUAACACUAACUCGAUUUAGAACAACACAGAAACGCCACACAACACACUGUACCCGACGCUAGCGACAUGACAUGGGACUGAACUGUACGCGAACGACACCAGCCCUUAGACAAAACGACUGUAAGUGCUACUGUAGCUACUUGUGAGUUGCAUGCACUGUAGCGUGUCCCCACGGACGCCCCAACCCUUGUAGAACCAUUACAAAAAGCAGAGGAAAUAGAUAAAGGCGGGAGUGAUCGCAGGUGUACAACAAAGAUGCCGAAACCUAAUGCCCAACAGCCUUACAUGCAGACGGGUAGCGUGCUGCCUCUGAAACCGAACGACUGUUAUUUGCCGACACGUAGCAACACCGACACCCAGCCCUCCCCCCACCGUAGGCCAGUAGUAGUGUGUCGUAGUGCGAAUGCGUAGCCCUCCCCAGCCCUGGUGGCAAUGUUGUUCAAAACCUUCCACUAACCACCAGCGAUGCAUAUUAAUCAAGGGGCUAGGGGUAUAAAUAAACUGAACUGUAUGCGCGCUAAUUUGCACGCGCUCUCAAGCAAAGUAAACGAGAAAUGUAGCAAAGUUAUAGGAGUAGAAUUGCGAAGUAAAAGUGACCCCUGCUACCACAGAAAAGUACGACGGGUACUUGCACGAAAGUGUCCCGAUGGUUAACACACCUACUUCAGCAUCCCUGCCCGGCCCCGCUCCAACCGAAUUGACUGUCCUGCCCCUGCAUCCUGAAUGUAUAUUCGAACGAUCGGAAAGCUUUCCUGUUGAUUCCUCCUGAAACUCCUUUCGUUUGCUAGUCUAGUGCAAUUAGUUUAUGACUUUUGUUAUUUUUCUUGCUUUUUUAUUUUUCUGGUUUUGGCAUAUUUUUGUUUUAUUGAUGCUCUUCUUGUCCUACUUACCGUUUAUGUAUCUGUGUGUACGUUGUUACCUCAAGCUUUUAAGACUAGUUGUGUACGUUGUGUACGUUCCUAUUAUACCAACGGCAUAGAGACUGAUGAGUCGCGCGACUUGCCUUAAAGUUCACUAAAUAAAACAAGAAAAAUAAGCCAACGCCAUAGUUAGCUCAAACCCUUAGCGUAUCUUAUAUAUAUAUCAGUAUUGUUAGCUAAAAACACUAACAACAAUCUAGUAGUCCUACUCCCACCCUGUCGUGUAAAGAAUCGUUAGCGUUAGCAGUACAACAGUAUGUUUGAUAAAGAUUUGAUGCAGUAAAAAAGUACUUCUUUUGCGAUUAUUUCACAUUAAACCUGUAUAGCAGUAUAGAUCACCAAACUCAAAACUUCCCCCAUUCAUCAUGCGUGUGCGUGUGUACAAAUACUCACCCACUGCGCUUAGCAAGCCACCAGCCAAGCCACACCAAGCAUACGAGCUGAAGGUGAGCAAUGGUUACUUCCCACUUGGCUUAGGCUCUUAGAUUCUCGAACCUGUAGUUUGCAACCACGUCACUAUCAUUUCCUACCCUUUCUGUUUAUUUGCGCUAGCUGCGCACGCGAUCAGAUACUUUCCAUGGUUACAAGUAUGCUUUGUUUGUUGUACGUUUGGUUUCGAUUUGCGUAUUCUACUAGCCACGUUUACUAUAUUUGUUUAUUAUACCCAAAAUUUACAUCUCAUUUAUCCCUCUCUUCUCGUCCGUGUUCUUUUCUAUAGUACCAUUCUUUUCCCUUUGCUUUCCAACAGUUUUAACUGCCUCUCAUGAAUCUCCUUUUUAACAUUCUCCUGUUCCUAAUGUUUCCCCCCUUUUUAGGUCUUAAGUUAAGUUAGCAAAAAUUGGAUACAUUUAAAUUAACCAACAACAACAAAAAAUCUAUAUACUAAAUUAUACCAACACACAAACACCAAAAAAAUACACACA